AUGGACUCAAUCAUUGCUGAACGGCCUGACGGCGGCUUCGUUUACGACAACUGCUUUAGGUUUGACUGCACAUUUAACCUUCGAUUUAGUAGAAAUGAACGAUUGAUCGAGGCCACAAACCUCCCCAUGCGCAUGAAGAAAACGGGAACCACACUUGCAGGCGUCAUUUUCAAGGUUUACUCAUCAUCCCUAGUAUGAAUUUCUUAGGACGGUGUCGUUCUGGGUGCGGAUACUCGCGCUACGGAGGGAUCGAUAAUAUCAGAUAAAACUUGCAUGAAAAUCCACUUUAUUUCCGACAACAUUUAGUAUGUCACUUUCUCUUCCCCACAACUAUGUGUAGUUGCUGUGGUGCCGGCACUGCCGCUGAUACCCAGAUGGUCACUCGAAUGAUCUCGUCCCAAAUAGAACUUCACCGCCUAAAUACGGGGAGAAGACCUCGUGUCAUCACUGCCCUUCGUUUAUUAAAACAGCAUCUCUUUAAAUAUCAGGUAACGCAGAUCUCCACAUGACAAUUUCCAAGGGCCACGUUGGUGCUGCAUGCAUUCUUGGUGGGGUAGACAGUUUCGGUCCCCAUCUUUACGGCGUACACCCACACGGUUCAAGCGAUGCUCUGCCCUACAUGACUAUGGGCAGUGGCUGUCUGGCGGCUAUGUCCGUUCUGGAAGCCAACUUCAAACCCCAGAUGGACGUAAGCUUUGCAUUUACAUGUUACCUUUGUAGUGUAUGCGUGCAGUUACAAGCAGAUUGUUUAAGUUUCAUGGUUGUCAAAGUUGUAUUAAAAAAGCCUAAAAUGAUUAUGUACCGGAUCAGGGCUGUAUUAAAGCGAUUUCGUUUGUGGGCAGCCUACACCGUCUCUCAAACGCAGUGAAGUUGUAAACCGCACUGAAAACCACGCUUGUUCAGUAGAUUAGGGGCAAAAAUAAUGGAAGAGGUAAUUAACCUAUAACCCAAGACAAGAAUCCCGGACCGUUCGUGUGCAAGUCCUUCACGGGCGUCAAGGGGCCUCUUCAGACGCUUUUAAAGGCAAUCUCCAGCUCACUCUGUCCUACCGGUAGUAACGUACGCUUCUGUGUAUGAGGAAUUCAGGUGCACAAUCGGAAGCUCACUUUUUAUAGCCUCAUGUAUACUAAAGCCAUUAUGACCUUUCUUCACCUUACUGCCGCUAAAAUGAAUGAAUGUCAUCAAUGAUUGCGUAAAAAAGUGAGUACAAGAUCAACCACAUUCCGCCUGCCAUGAAAACGAAAUUAAGAAGUCUAGAGCGAAUAGUCAUUAUAGUAUGGAAGUCUGCCGGCUGCGUCGAACUUCCUUUGUCGCGAAGUCGUGCAUUAGUCUGUAGGACGUCGACCGUAAUGCCCACAGUGCACAGAUAGGAUUCCGCAGCAGGUCGCUUCAAGACUGCGAAAUGUUCGGCAGCGUACAACAUGACAUUUCACAAAUGUAUGCGGGUGUUCAAGUUCCAGGCGUUUGUGUGAAUGAAAAAGAAGUUAGGUCAAGCACUGGAACGGUUAGUUCAUUAUUCUAUAUUGAACGCAGGACCUGUUUCGCAGGCCUUGGUAGUUGUUUGCUUUGUACGGCCAGCUGAUGUUCAUGUAUACAGGACAAAAACAUGCGUUCAGUCCGACCUGUGUAGUUACAAGGAUAGUUUGGGCACGAAAUGUGGUACACUAUCUCAGACCCCCCUGGGUCCUAGUCAGUCUUUGAUUCCCAUGACCUCGCCCUUUAGCCCCGCUCCAUCAGAUCGUCACCUGUAGGGAGGUGCAAUUCGCGACAUCGAGGCUGGUUAGAUCAGACAUGAUUACAGCUGUACCAAGUACAGACAGGUACAGGAUUAUUGUCAUGUAUGUGCAUGCGACCGAUAAAACCGUGAGUUGGCUGAACAUCCGGGUGCAGUGUGAGCAAGAGAGAUGCGAGUGACGAGUGUUGGUUGGGGCUCUAGAAACCGUACCUUCAGUCCCGCUGCAAUGGAUUCGCAAAUGACCUACCAGACCGAAGCAGGAUUAGAAUAUGCAACUGCACUGUGACAACUGCUGUAGAUGCUCACCAUGCAAGUCGACUCCAGACCUCGCGAUCCCAGAGUCCGUUCUUAUCUCUUUACCUUUUAUAACCGUUGGAGACACUUUAGGAAGAAUUAAUGAGGAUUUCGUGCCAAGCUGUGGUAAUUUCCCAAGGUCUUCGUAUUAUAGGGUACGGCCAUUAUGAUAACAGCCCCGUUAAUCUCCGGCUUCGUGCCGACUCCACAGCAAUUUCGGACCUUGUGUUGCGGCCUAUCAAUUUCGGGAUGACUUUUGAAACUGCUGGCGCGGCUUGGUCUGUGGCAAAUGCUUUGUCUUUGUUGGUUAGCUUGAAAUUAUCGUAUCCAAAGGCGAAUAGGCCCAAACUUGUUCAUUUGCCCGCUUCAGUUCUGGUGUGCGGUGCGUAGUCGCCAUAAUAGAUGAGGUCAUGUGAUGUAUCCCUGAAGGUCUUUAUUCUUCCGUCCGGCGGAUACUGAAUAGUCUUCCGUCUGUUCUAUGGUCACUCGUUGCCUGGUCGACCCUUAGUAGACAUCCACUAGCACUUCGGAGAGCAUGAGACUACGGGUUGGGUGGGGGCGCAAACUUGCUUCAUCCCGCUUGCAAAGGCGUAAAAGCGUGCGUCUGGAACUUGCCUUUAGUUACCUACUUGUCAGGAAUUUUCGGUGUCACGUCUGCAAGCAGCUUGAGUAGUCUUCAGUCCUCUGUUGAUUUCCACAGCUCCGUACAUUUGCUUCCAUAUCCGUGGACGCCUUUUAACACCUCAGCAUUCAUAGGGCCUUCUGAACUCCUAGCACUUCAUUUCACUAACAGCGGCUGGAAUUUUUGUCAUCACGUGGCGAGAGAGCAAACCAAAUUGGAUGAUUCGACUCUCCCACGAAACUGGUUUUGGAGCCUGGAUUUAACUAUCUGAUUUCCUUGUUGGGAGCCAUAUCGAGGCGUGCGGCUGGUUUUGUCUUUUACGCUUGAGACAUUACUGCUUGAUUCUUCUAGGUUAGGAUCGGUGGCCAUAUCACCUUGCAAUAGCCAUAAAGACUCGGUCCAUGUCACCAUCUGGUUGCCCUAGGAACGACGGAUUGACCGAUUUCGCUGUCCAUAGGUUUUUCUGCUGACUAAAUGAAGAUGGAGUUCGUAUAGCCUGUCUCUGUUUACUAUAGCAGUACGAAAUACUUUACGCGCAAGUGACCGUGCCUACUUCACCUUGCUGUGAAGCACACAGCAGACAUCGUCGGAUGCGACGGUCGAACUGUCAGUCAGUUAGAUGCCUUGCUCAGAUUUACAAAUUCUUAGUGUUUGCUCCCAAUAACUGAUCUCUCUUUCUCCUAAUUUGGCCCUAACCGAAAACUCGAGCUAGGUAGUCACGUCAUAUAUAGAGUGCGAUAGAACUUAACCGUUAGUCCUGCUGAACUUUAAAUGGUGGAUUGGGAACAUCACGAACAUGACUGCGUAUCAGGCUCGAUAAUGAUCCUCGACAAUUUGUUUCUGCGAUUCAUUGACUUACUUCGUUCGUAACUUAUAUCAACCUUGACACAUCAUGGCCGCCACAGCGGCAAGCACCAUGAACGUUUUUGGUCUGCGCUCCCGCCAUUCACUACUUCAUUGAUAAUCGUAAGCUGUCGUAAAAUAUUACAAGGGUUGCAUGUUUUUGCAAGUGCCUUUCUUGCGUUGACGUUCACCACGAUCCAUGAAACCUUCAAUACUUUCUAAAUCCUCGCCCCUCCCACGUUUUGUUUGAAGUUCAAACUAAAACACAAUCGUUGCUGUAGAAUAACUAAGAGGUCAGAUGUGCCCAGAAAAAUUCGGAUCUUCGUUUUUGUUUGGCGUCUUUUUAUUCGAGACAUCCUGACUUCUGGGGAGAUUUUCAUGAUUGCAUUAUAGGCAUUGAGCAGAUGCUUAAAAACAUGCUUUAAAAGUAUUCCCUAGAGGCCUGACAUAACCUGUGGGACUCCCUCUAUCACUUGAAACUUCUUUUCUCGGGUGCCGCGAGAACCCAGCAAACGGAUAGUUUCAAAGUUCUCGGUUGCCCGAGUAAGGAGACGUCUAUUUCAAAGAUGCAAUAAAAGUACGUCUUUACUAAUCUAUCGUCUAAACCGAGGUUCCAUGUGCCCACAGGAUUCUUCAUAAAAACUCAAAUGUACAUAGGUGGUAGUUCGAUUGCACAUUUCUCCGAGAUUCAUAGCUACCUCCCGCACAACUGUUAAGUCCUCUGUCUUAAACUGUAUUAGGUUUAUCAUUAUAUGUUAUAGAGAUAUCAGCCCCAUCAUUCCGUCUUAGAUUUUAACUGCAGUACGAUCUUCUCAGGAGCAGUAAUUUAAAGGCUUGGCAAACACCUAUUUUUACAUCUACCCUAUACAUUUUGUUUUGCACUCCCGAGCUGAUUGCGAGGAUUGAGUCAGGCAGGGCGGGGAUGCGCUGCCAGUUCAGAUUUUGCAGACCUUUUGGGUAAGUGGGACGAAGAGACCCUCUCUCAUGUAUCGGCCUAUCGCAAUGACGGCCUGCUGACUGUCUUCAUAUCAUCCAUUCCUAUGCUAUGUUACUUCAGCUGUCAGAGCCUAUGAUGCACGCCCUUUUAAAUUGUUUGUACCCUCCCCCCGUUUUUCUUAUAAUCAAAAAAACAUCGUUUAAUAACAUUGAACCUUUUAUCUUAAAAUCACAGAAAGAAGAGGCCAUGGAGCUAGUAAUGCAGGCCAUCCGGGCAGGUGUCUUCAAUGACUUAUACUCUGGCACUGGCGUCGACCUGUGUGUCAUCACGAACAAGGAUGCAGAAUACAUCCGUUGUUUCGACGUUUGUUGCAAGAAGGGUGUCCGGUAGGUGUUUUGUCCAGUGCCUGAACCUUCACAAUCAGCCGCCUUUCGUACGAGAAGAUAAUUAGUGGAAGUAUCAGUAACUCCAUCGUUGCAAACAUCCCACUUUCCUCAAUUUUUGCUCUAGCAACUUCUUGUUUUGUCCCUUCUGGUAGUGGCGCCCGGUAUCUCCCAAAGGACGGUAAGACAGAGAUACUGCAAAGGCGUUUGCAGAAGGUCGAGUACGAUGUAGUCACUACUCGCGUUAUCCGAGACGUGGUGGCCCCCGAACCAAUGGAGAUGUAA